CGAACCCUGACCUCCUGGUUCCUAGGCCGACGCUCAGCCACUGAGCCCCACUCGGCCGGACAGACACGUGGUUCUGGUCUCUCCCGGCCGCUCUCGGCUCACGGCGCGCCCCUCUGGCCCUGCAGGUACGGCGUGAGCCCCGAGAACAUCAUCCUGUACGGGCAGAGCAUCGGCACCGUGCCCACCGUGGACCUGGCCUCCCGGUACGAGUGCGCCGCCGUCAUCCUGCACUCGCCGCUCAUGUCCGGCCUGCGCGUGGCCUUUCCCGACACCCGGAAGACCUACUGCUUCGACGUGUUCCCCAGCAUCGACAAGAUUUCCAAGGUCACCUCCCCGGUGCUGGUCAUCCACGGGACGGAGGACGAGGUCAUCGACUUCUCCCACGGCCUGGCCAUGUACGAGCGCUGCCCGCGGGCCGUGGAGCCGCUGUGGGUGGAGGGCGCCGGCCACAACGACAUAGAGCUUUACGCACAAUACCUGGAGAGGCUAAAACAGUUCAUCUCCCACGAGCUGCCCAACUCCUGAGGGCGCCCCGGGUUCUUACCUCAGUGACAGCGAACGCCGGGCCCUCUGUUCCCGCACACGCUCUCCCGGGUGGCGGCCACGGCCACGGCCACGGCCACGGCCACGGCCACGGCCGGCGACCGGGGGGAAGCGCCCGGCCCGGACGCCAGCGUUCUCACUGUUCUCACCCGAGGGCCCCGGAGGCCUCGGCCGAGUAGCUAGAGAAUUUCUACUGAUUCGCAUCAUCUCCGACUCGGACCUGCUGUGGCUCCAGCUUCGUGACCUUUGGGGGGUCGGGAAGGAGGGCUGGGGGGGGACGACGGGUUCUCGUGCCGGGUGAGGAUCCUCCCAGCUGCGUGGCUUCCUUACCCAUCACUUGGGGUUCAUUGAAGCAGGACCCACCUCGCCCUCCCCUCCCCCAUGUCCUCCGCAUUCACGGGUGAAGCUGUGAUAGAGCAACUAAAACACUGGUGACUAAAAUUCCUUAACCUUU